CCACCUGCCCGGGCUAACAGAUGUCGUCAGCUCUCCUGGAGGAGGGAUGAAAAUCCGAACUCCCGGUUAUGACUGACGCGAACUACUAAACUGGAUAUUUAUUUUUACCAAGGAUGUGCCGAACUAAAACCAACGGGUCGCACAUACUUGACUUUCUGUCACACUUUGGCGCCUUUAACCAUUUCUCGCACGCGGAGUAAACAGCGAGUUCGUAGGUGAAAGAGUUUUUUUUUCCUCUUCUCUUUUCCGGUGGAUUUGGAAUUAACUCCUUCCACGCUCGGCGGGGCGAGCAGGAACAUCACCGGGGAUGUAAUUGUGUUGACUCUUGCUUGGGAAAAGCGCAAAGGAAGGAUUAUAAGACCUGAGGUGGGUCUGAACCAAAGUUAUGAAAAUGACCGGAGCCAUGGAAUAUAACUUUAGGGCUGCCUUGAAGAAGCCGCCCUCCCUCCGGACGACAGAGGACCUGCAUAUUAUCUACUGCCACCUCUACCACAUGGAUGUCCUCUCCCACCUCAGGGAACAUCAGUUAAGGUCGAUGUGUACCUCAGCCAGGUACGAGAGGUACGAGGCUCACCACAUCCUGUUUUAUCCAGAAAGCAUCGCUACCUGCUGGUAUAUUCUGCUGUCAGGAUCCGUUUUUGUCAAGGGGCACAUGCACCUGGCCAGGUGCUGUUUUGGCAGGCAGCUGGGGGGCAGGCGCGGCUGUGAAUGCAUCACUUUGGAGCCCUCAGAAAUGAUUGUGGUGGAAAACGGCAGCGAGGGGGACGACAGCUUCCUGCUGAGAGAGAGGUCCGAAAGGCGUUCCAGACGGCGGUUUAGGAGGGUAAACCCCAAAGGAGAGCGGGUACUUAUCACAGAUGGACAAGAACCCGCUGGCUACAGCACGCUUCCUGCUGACCUCAAUAAGAUGCACCUAACAGACCACGCCCACCAGCAGGUGACACACAUGGCUCCCAGCCAAUCAGGAUGCAGCAUUACCAGCGAUUCAGGGUCCAGCAGCUUGUCGGAUAUUUACCAGUUCGUCUGCAUCGCCCAGGAGGACUACUGGCGUAUCCUAAACCAUGUGGAGAAGAACACACACAAGGUGGAGGAGGAGGGGGAGAUUGUCAUGGUGAAGGAGCACCGAGAGCUUGAUCGCAGCGGCACCAGGAAGGGGCACAUUGUCAUCAAGGGAACCCCAGAGCGCCUAAUCAUGCACCUGGUGGAAGAGCCGUCAGUGGUGGACCCAACCUACAUUGAGGACUUCCUGCUGACCUACAGGACCUUCCUGUCGAGUCCAAUGGAGGUUGGAAAGAAGCUGCUGGAGUGGUUCCAGGUGGACAGCCUCAGGGACACGGUAACCAGAAUAGUUCUGCUGUGGGUCAACAACCACUUCAAUGACUUUGAGGGUGACCCCGCCAUGACACAGUUCCUGGAGGAUUUUGAGAAACAUCUUGAAACUGCAAAAAUGAAGGGCCAUCUGAGGUUGCUGAACAUUGCGUGUGCAGCCAAGGCAAAGUGGAGACAGAUCACUCUGCAGAAAGCGACCAGGGAGUCACCACUCUACUUCAGCAUCAAAGGCGGCAGCGAAAGAGGGUUUGGCAUCUUUGUUGAAUCGGUGGAAGAAGGCAGCAAAGCUGCUGAUGUUGGGCUGAAGCGGGGAGAUCAGAUCAUGGAGGUCAACGGUCAGAACUUUGAGAACAUCUCCUUCAACAAAGCUGUGGACAUUUUGAGAAAUAAUACACACCUCUCCAUCACUGUGAAAACCAACAUUUUUGUCUUCAAAGAGCUCCUCAGCAGGAUCAUGCACGAAAAGAAGAACGGUGGUCCUCACAUCCCUAAGAUCCAAGAGAAAAAAGGCAACCGCUUCUCCAUACCCGACCUCCCUGGAGACAUGGAGUUCCCUACGGACCACAAGAGUACCCGGAAAAUGAAAGCCAACACCGUGUCGGGAGGACGGAACAAGAUCAGGAAGAUGCUGGAGAAGACGCGCUUCAGCAUUCUGCCACCUAAACCGUUCAGGGGCCUGUUUGGUGAUGGUGGCAUAGGUCAGUCUCAGGACGACAGCAUCGUAGGCACCAAGCAGUGUCGCCACAGUGUAGCCAUCAUGCCAAUUCCUGGAAACCUCUCAUCGAGCAGCCCGGACCUCCUGCAGCCGGCGAACAGUGUCCUUGACUUCUCUAAUCCCGCUGUCUUGGGACUGUACUACAUUCCAGAUCAGGUCAUCCGAGUGUUCAAAGCAGACCAGCAGAGCUGCUACAUCAUCAUCAGCAAGGACACUACAGCCAAGGACGUCGUCACCCACACCGUCAACGAGUUCGGCUUCCUCGCGCCACCCGAGACGUACUCUCUGUGUGAAGUUUCCGUCAGUCCAGAGGGGGUGAUCAAACAGCGGCGCCUCCCCGACCAGUUAUCCAAACUGGCAGAUCGGAUUCAGCUUAACGGCAGAUAUUACCUGAAGAACAACAUGGAGACAGAAACGUUGUGUUCGGACGAGGAUGCCCAGGAUCUCCUCAGAGAGAGUCAGAUCUCUCUGCUGCAGCUCAGCACUAUGGAGGUCGCCGCCCAGCUCUCAAUGAGAGACUUUGAACUCUUCAGGAACAUCGAGUCCACAGAGUAUGUGGAUGACUUGUUUAAAAUUGACUCCUCGGCUGGAUGUGGAAACCUUAAACAGUUUGAGGAGGUGAUAAACCAGGAAACUUUCUGGGUCGCCACGGAGAUCUUAAAGGAGCCCAACACCCUCAAGAGAAUGAAGACCAUCAAGCACUUCAUCAAGAUUGCCCUGCACUGCAGAGAGUGCAAAAACUUCAACUCCAUGUUUGCUAUUAUCAGCGGGCUGAACUUGGCACCGGUGGCUCGACUGCGGAGCUCGUGGGAGAAAUUGCCGAGUAAGUACGAGAAGCUCUUCGGGGACCUGCAGGACAUCUUCGACCCAUCCAGGAACAUGGCCAAGUAUCGCAACGUGCUGAGCAGCCAGAGCAUGCAGCCCCCCAUCAUCCCACUGUUCCCAGUGGUCAAGAAGGACCUCACCUUCCUACAUGAAGGCAACGACUCCAGCGUCGACGGCCUUGUGAACUUUGAGAAGCUGAGGAUGAUUGCUAAGGAGAUUAGACAUGUGGUGCGGAUGACCUCAGCCAACAUGGACCCCGCCCUCAUGUUCAGACAGAGGAAGAAGAGGUGGAAGAGUUUAGGGUCUUUAAGUCAAGGCAGCACCAACUCCAACAUCCUGGAUGUUCAAGGAGGAGCCCACAAGAAGCGAGUACGUCGCAGUUCGCUUCUGAACGCCAAGAAGCUGUACGAAGAUGCUCAGAUGGCCAGAAAGGUGAAACAAUACCUUUCUAACCUGAUGGUGGAGACGGACGAGGAGAAACACCAAAUCAUGUCCCUGCAGUGUGAGCCGUCUUAUAACACCUUGAGCAAAAACUUGGUGGAGAGACGAUCCAAUAAGUCAGACAUGUCUCCGGUGUCUCAGCGGUCGACCCUGCCUUUGGGGAAAGCUCAGAACCGGGUGUCCCAGGUCCUGCAGGUCCAGGUGCCACUGAACCCCCUACGAAAGAAGAGCACCGCCAAGGACAUCAGCGGUCCGAACUCAAAUUCUCCCCAGGUGGUGAAGAAACCUCCAGUGAGCUCAUCAGAUGAGUGGAGCACCAAAAGACCAUCUGAAGACACCAUCUCUACUGUCUCAUCCCUUCACUCCAGCCCUACAGUGUCACCUCAGGGCUCCCCACGCAAAGUAGGAGGUGCUGGAAAGUCCCAAAACUCCAGCCAGAUGAACUUAUCAGGAUCUUCAUCGUCACUCACCAGUGAUGCCAGCACAAAGACCGGCACGGUCAGCCUGCGCAGCUACGGCAUAGGUUGUGCCCUCCUCCCAGGCGGUAAAACGGACAACCUGUCCGACUCCAGCCACAGCGAGAUCUCCUCCCGCUCCAGCAUCUGCUCCGUGGACUCGGUCCCGACUCCUGGACCAGACGACAGAUGCACCAGGACCUCUACCUCCUCUGCUGCUUUUGCUUCCAAUCCUACUGCCGCCACAGCCGCCGAGGUAGCUGAGGGCACGGCGGCAUUAAACGCACACUUAACUGCUGAUUACAGCCAGCCCAGCACAAGCAGUUCGUCAGUGUUGGUUCGACCAGCGCGAGCCUGCGCCUUCACCUCCUCUCUCUCCACGGAGGAGCUGACCCCGGACCACAUCUCUUUGGACUCUGUGGCCGACAGCGGACGUGGCAGCUGGACGUCCUGCUCCUCCAACUCCCACGACUCCUUCCAGAGCCUCCCUGCCUCCUCCUGCCGACCGUGGGACCACGGUAUCCAUGGCCCCCCACUCUCUCUGCCUCAUACGCACCUGGGGGGAUUUAAGCACACGCAGCUGGCCCGCUCUAUAGCAGAGGUGGAGGUCCCCGGACCCGCGUGGGCCAGAGACGACACCGCCAAGCCGCAGCAUUCCAGAAACUCCAGCUCGGAUUUGAAUGAGCAGUUCCGGCAGAGCUGGGCUUCAUCCAACUCCCCGUCUGAUAACUUUGAGGGGAAUUAUGGAACCGUAAAGCGGCGAAACACUUCGGAGCACCCCUCCUCACCAGCCAACGAGGAAGGAGGGCAAAGCACAGACCCAGCCUACAAAACGGUGACAUCAAGCACAGAGAAGGGCCUAAUAGUGUACUGUGUCACCUCCCCCACCAAGGAUGAGCGUUACCGAGCUCCCCCUCCCACCCCUCCAGGCUACCAGGGUCUGGCUCUUGGGGAUCUUGGGCUCACAGAUGGAGUAGUUGGUGGGUUGGCGGGUCCUGUCCCCCGGCCGCCUCACAUCCGACCUCCAGACUACAGCGUGGCCCUGCAGAGGAGCAAACUCCUGCAGAGUCCUGGAGCGGCUGGUGGUCUGGCAGAGGCGCGGAGGCUUCACCUUCAACACCAAGAUGCUCGAGCAGCCGGCUCCACUCUGGGCCACUCCAGACCGCCCAGCGUCUGCCGCUUUCCCAAGGACCUGGCUGACAGUGAUGAUGAUGAACAAGUAUCAGCAGUGUAAAUUCACUCACUCACCCUCACACACCCGUGCAGAUCGAGUUGUGUCAAUGGGGCUUUGGACUGAACCCGCCCUCCUCCACAGCACAUUCUCCAGCUCCGCCCACUGACCCAUGGGUUCCGUGCAACCUCUCUCAUCACUCCUUUUAUGAGCUCCUCUCACAAAUCAAAGACUUUUACAGACUCGAGAACUUUUGAACAAAAGCAGAAAAAUUAUGGUGUGACCGAAUGACAUUGUAGAAGGACAGAGCAGCAACAACAAUGCCUCUCUGGAAGCAGACCACCAUUUACCUCCAUUUGUGCUCAAAGCUCACUUGUCUCAAAGUGUUUUUUACAGUGUAAAGUAUUGUACAUGUUGUUGCUUUUUGUUGUUAUUACAAUAUUUUUUUCUUUUUCUCAAGUUUUUUUUUGCGAUACUUUUGACAUGAGAACAACAAGGAAAAGCAAACAAACACGAGCUGUUUUUGGAACGUAGGGGAUCGUGAAUGUGAAGAUCUGAAGGGAAAAUCUCAGAAAGCCCAUUUUCCUUCUUCCUGAAGAAACGGAAAGCGUGUUUUUGCACUUAUUGGUUGCUUUACUUGACAUUUUUCAGCAUUUUUUUGCGCCUCGCACUCCUCCGCUCAGCUCUUUGAUACUUACUCGUUCUUUCUGAUGUGUGAGGUACUUUAGCAGCACGCCGCCUCCUGAUCGUUCUAUAAAAUAUGUAUAAUAACAUCUUUUAAUGAACUGAAGAACAAAUGGCGCACUGCUUCAUGUUGAGUAAAACACGUGUGGUGAUUUUAUUGCAGCCACUGUAAAAAAAAAUUUUUAAAUAGCAAUGCGUGGUCACGCAGUUGUGCAUGCACGUGGAAACACACACAUCAGAAGCUUCGUUUUGACGUGCACAAAACCAACAGACAGUGUUUACGGCUACAGAUUUUGUGUACUGUGUUUAUUAGCAGAUGUGUGUGAAAUUACAAGCUACAAGUUUAGUUAGGGUGAUGCAUAUCUGAACGUGCGAGAAACAGCACGGCACAUUUUUACACCUACGUCUUCAUUCCGUGUUUGUAGUAAAUUUUGUAAAAUAUAAAAAGAAUGUGCUUGAAAUUGUUUAUUUAAACUUGUACAUUGGUAUAGAUAUGUACGUAUUAGAAAGCUUCCCUUUUUGUCUCUAUGUAGGGGUGUAACUGGAACUUUGUUUGGUCUUGUGUUGCUUCUUGUAAAUUGUUCUUGCCACACAAAGACUUGAAAUGAUCAGUGCUAAUAUAUACGCAGCAGAUAUACAAAUCUAUAUUUUUUGCUGUUUCUUUGCCAUAAUUUAAAUGUAAACUGUACAAAUGAGCAAAGAGGGCUCUUUAUAGAGGCUAUUUUUUGAAUAUUUUGUUAAAAAUGAAAAAUCUAAGGUGGUGAUUUUCCCUGUUUUGUUGUUUCUGUUGUCGCUGCCUGAUUUUGGGCUUUAAUGGCUGCUUUGUUUUGGGAUGUGGAGCCCUGGUUGUGUGUGUUUCUGUUGUAGAAUGAUAUUUAGGACUCUUAGUUUACAGUUUUUCUCCUGAUGGCUUCUUCCUUCAUUCAAACCUAAAGCAAAAUGACUGAAAGGAGAUAUUUUACCAAAAUGUUAGUUUUUUAAUUAAUCAUUCAUUGUCAGAAACUGACAGCUUCUUUUAUUGCACAACUGUCUUCCUAAUAUCAGUAUUAAAGUUCUGUAUUUAGAUUUUAAAGCAGAACACACAACUUCAACCCCUUUUUUUAAUCUCACCCAGAAUUCAGAUGUGCUGAAAUGAUAGUUUAAAGGUGUGGAACAGCGAAAAACAAUUUUAAAAAUAUUAUAUCUGAAAAUAAUCAGUCACUCUGAGCUUUUCGUGCAGGCUGAACAUGAAAAUAGUCUCCCACACCCUAUCUCCAGCAUUAGCUUCUGAUAGAAAAUAGACGGUGAAACUCUAGGACUUAAAUGUGGCGAGUGAGCGGCACAAUAUGUACAAAGAGGUAUUCAGUCGGUCUGUGGCUUCCCGUUUUUCGCUUUGGUCUCACAUGUAUAGCCGUUGUAACUUAUGUCUUUUAGAAAGACAACAUGAUCUUUGCUUGUACGCUUUUAUGUAUUUUUUACAAGUGAUUGUAAAUAGUUGUUAUAUUUUUGUUUAAGAGAAUGUUUAAGAACAAAAGGAAUAAAUACAUUUUAUUUCUCUGAGUCUACUGAUAACAAAUUGGACAAUAAAUGAAAUGUUAAACUAAAAA